UAGAAGCAGCAGGAUCAGCUGUCAGGGAGCUGUUCAAUCAACAAAAUCGUAACAAGGGGGAAUACAUACUUUUAACUCCGUAUUUUACUUCAUUAAAAUCAUAUCUCCUGGUGAGUUAUCAAAGGCAUGGAACAAGCAAAGCAGGAGGCCUUCGAUCAAGCCAGACUGCAGGUGAUCAAGGAUGGGUAUGAUAAGGCAUUUGAUUGCAUCAAUAAAGCUCUCACCGAGGACGAGGCAGGGCACAGGGCAGAGGCACUCACUCUGUAUCGGCAAGGACGACAGCAUCUCCUCCGGGCCAUUAGUGUGCCCUCGCAAGGAGAGGAGUGUGUCGGGCCUUCCUGGGAAGCGGCUAGGCAGAAGCAGCGCAAGAUGCAGGAGACCCUGAUCAACAUCACCACCCGUCUAUCCAUGCUGGAGACCACCUCGGACAUCUCUGAGGGAAGCAGCACGGCCCCUCAGAAGCUUUACCCUGAUGUCCCAAAAGCCAAACCAGAGAGACCAAUUCCGCCACAGGUGCUUGUCUCUAACGGCAAGGUUUCAGGGGCUGCUGGUGGGCCUCUGGCUGGGAUGCAGGGGCCUCCCCAAAUAUCCCCCACAAUUCAACACAAUAUCUUAAGCGAUCAGCCCCCUAUUUACACGCCACAAGCUGCUGAUGGGCACCUGAGCAUUUCUUAUGGCACAGACUCAGGCGAGCUCUCCCUUGUUGGCGACGAGUUUUACAGCCAUACAUCUAAUUCUACACCUUCUUCUCAGAGCCUGGGGGAGGAUGGAGAGGAGCUGUAUUUCCUCCCUCAAGGUGUACAGAUCUUCUUUGUAACCCCAGAGGGCCAAGUAAGUGCUCCUUCUUAUCCAGGGUGCCUACGCAUCGUAAAGUUCACCAAUGAAUGCUCGGAAAGGAUUCCAAACAGACCACCUGCCUUCCUUCAGGUUUGUGACUGGGUUUACCCCUUGAUGGCCACUGACUCCCCAGUCCUGCUUUGCAACACGGGGGUCUACAUGUUCCCGGACAUGAUGACUCCCACCCCGGGAUCCUACGUUGGGGUGGUCCUUUCUUCUGAGCUUCCUCAAAGUGAACGAGAGACCUUCCAGGACCUCCUCUCUCAGAUGACUGACUUGCGUGUUCAGGUAUCAGAUGGUGAAACGGAUACCAUUAACCUGGGACAGAAGGUGCUGAUGGGGCCUCUUGCAGAUGAAGCAGCGCCCUCUGCUGUAGAGGAGGAAAAGGUACUUCCUGAAUGGAGCGAGAAGGUGGCCCAGGGGAUCCUGACAGGGGCUUCAUGGUUGAGCUGGGGGUUGGUGAAGGGGGCGGAGUAUACAGGGAAAGCCAUCCAUAAAGGUGCAUCCAAAUUACGAGAGCACAUCACCCCAGAGGACAAUCCAACCAAUGUCAGCCCAACUGUAGCCAAAAGCCUCCAUGUAGCCAAACAGGCCACAGGUGGAGCUGUGAAAGUCAGCCAGUUCCUUGUGGAUGGAUUGUGCACUGUCGCUGGCCAUGUUGGCCGAGAGUUGGCGCCACAUGUAAAGAAACAUGGAGGAAAACUCAUUCCAGAGUCUAUGAAGAAAGACAAGGAUGGAUGCUCCAAUAUUGAUGGUGCCAUGGUGGUUGCAGCCAGUGGAGUUCAAGGAUUUGCAACAAUGUGGAUGGGAUUGGAAGUUGCAGCAAAGAACAUUGCAAAGAGUGUUGCGACAGAGACUGUUACCACUGUGAAACAUAAGUAUGGGGCUGAAGCGGGCCAGGCCACGGACCAUGCUGUCAACUCGGCCAUCAAUGUGGGUGUCACUGCCUUCAAUAUCGAUAACCUUGGAAUCAAGGCAAUGGUGAAGAAGACGGGCAAAGAGACCGCCCAUGCCAUUCUGGCAGACUAUAAAGUACACGAACCAAACAGUCAAGUUGAAAAACAUAAAGACCAAAAAUAGAGUUCAGAUUUUUCUGACCGCUUUUGUUUCAGGUGUCCAUUUUUAAGAACAAACCAAAGGUCAUACUUUCAAAAGACAUUGAUUUUUUGCAGUUGUUCUUUUGAUGUUGGUGACACCAAACUCCAAAGACCUUAAUGAGACUACUACAGUUAACUGUGCUGUUUAUGUUUGUGCUACUGCUGUCUCUGUACUAUUGAAUAUAUCACAGGGUAAAUAAUAAAUGUACUUUAAAACAAGUUGACUGACUGCCUUACCUGGCGGACGGUAUUUCUGAUUUUGCCUUACACUUCAUCAGCAAAGUGAACUGAAUAUAUCACCUUGGAUUAAGCCAAUGAUUUAUUGGGAUCUACAAUUUAUUUGGGUCAUAUUUAAACCUCAAAAUGUUUGCAUGGUUUGUUUCUUAUAAAUGAAAACCUAAAACACAUUGCAAGCCAAAGGCAUACUUGUCCUGUUUUCCCAUAGAGCCUUAACAAAUAUAAUAUUCUUGUAUUUAAUAUUAAUAUAAAUACAAAUAUAUUUAAGAUGUUUAUAAUAUCUAUAUUAGAAUGCUUUAUGGUAUAUUUUUUUGUAACUGCAGACCAGUUUGCUCCAGGUACUUGGUGGAAGUAUUGUUUUUUUUUGUUAAAUUUGUUUUUAAAAGCACUUUAAUCCCUGAUUGGACCAGACAUGAACAUUUUAGUAGGGUGAUGGGUGCAAGGUUUACCUGUGCAUUAAAAGUGCAAAGGAAAAUAUCAGUGCAUCAGUUUAACCUUUUGAGGUUAGAUAUUGUGAAGGAUUUUUAUUGGAAGCCAAGAAAAAAGAAAAGAAAAUUGGGAAAUAUUUAAAAUAGUAUUAUAAAGUUAAAUUAUAUAUUUUAAUAAUAUUUUUAAUGAAAGAGGCAUACAAUAUAUUUCAAACUAGCGACAUGAAACUGUAACACACCAGAUAUACAGUAUGAUGUUCUCCCAUUGUAGAGAUUCAUCUUUUAGAGAUCAUGAAAAAUGUUGACUGCACUAUUUUUCCCUUAAAAAAAAAAAAACUUGACUACUGACUACAUUUCCAUGUAAUUAUGGACAUAUAGACAAUUCAAAUAACUUUAAAUGGUGUAGUAACAUUUUACAUUUCACUGUAAGCAUUAACAGGCCCUAAAUGUGUUUUCAUGGUUUCAUUAAUGUUUUCAUGGAUAUUUAAAUGUCUUAUUGCAAUAUAUGUCUCAAUUAAAUGUGCUGACACUGUAAAUGAUAUUAAAGUAUAAAAUGUUUAA